AUGCUGUCGCGGCAUGGCAAGAAGCGCGCAUGGACCUCUCGCGGCUUGAAGAACGCUACAUUAUCGCAUGGUCGAGCCGUGGAGGUCGCAACAGUGGCGCAAGGGUUGCACACCCCCACUUCCCUUUGUCCCCACCGAGUGUGUGCGCACAUGCCACGCGCAUCCGAUUCCGCACUCUGUACUACCACCACCAUCGCAAGCAUCAACAUCUUCACCGCUCCGCACAGUACAGGCACAAGUGAUCGGACCCAAGUCAUGUCAGCAGCGUCGGAGCAACCUAGCGCCGUGACGAGUGGGGAUGGUGGAGGUGAGCGCACGUUACGGCGAAGACGCUCUGCGGCAUCAGCGGCGCUUCUAUCACGGCCUUCGAUGCAUACACUAGCGCAAUUGGUUCCGUCAUUCGAGACGUGUGUGCUUGUGCACGUCUGCACCUCAUCCAGCGAGGCGGAUGGGGCUACGAGUGCCGAGUUGGUGUAUGCGCUGUUCGAGCCCAACUUCCUCGUGGACGGUACGAGCUCCACCGUGCGUGGACUCGAUCGGACUUCGUGGGAACGUCUUCGGUCGCACGUCGAGGAACUUCGUAUCGUCGCCAUCUCGUCGCGUUGUGGAGCCAGCCAGGAUUCGCCACAAGGAGCAGUGCGCAAACCCGACUGCAUGUUCGACUUGUGCACCGACAAGGAUUCAACCCAACGAAGCGUGUCCCAAAUCUUCCUGCAGCCAACCUCCAAUGCUGUCGUACCCGCAAGCAGCCGUGAAGAACUGCUGGAAAUCGACAUUGUGGCACCUGCAGAUCCCAACAUGGCCAAACAACGACGCAUCUGGCUCCCCACCCAGGUCCGCAACAUCCUCGACGACGCAGACCACCUCGUCACCAACUCCAACGCCUCCAUCCCAACCACCCCCGCCUCAGCACCAGUCCAUCUCCCCAACCCACCACCUGCUUCCCAACCUCUCGCCGAAUUCCAAUCCGCCAGCACACGCAUCCUCAACCUCGUCCACUGCCAACCCACAUCCACUCAGCUCUAA